GUGUGCUGCUUUAAGCCUAUAGCUGCCAUCCAGAGAAAUGGGAGUGACACCAUCUGUGACAAACUUUUCUUGGUCAUGAAGAUGCCGUCUGCGAAAGACAUGGCUAAAGUAAUGAUUGUCUUGUUUGCAAUUUGUUUUCUUACAAAUUCGGAGGGGAAAACCAUUAGGAAAAGAUCUGUGAGUGAAAUACAGCUUAUGCAUAACCUGGGAAAACAUCUGAACUCGAUGGACAGGGUGGAAUGGCUACGUAAAAAGCUGCAGGAUGUUCACAAUUUUGUUGCGCUCGGAGCACUUGUAUCUCCCAGAGUUGGUGGAUCCCAGAGGCCCCGAAUAAAGGAAGACAAUGUCCUGGUUGACAGCCAUCAAAAAAGUCUUGGAGAGGCAGACAAAGCUGAUGUGGAUGUAUUAAUCAAAGCUAAACCCCAAUAA